UCAGAAUCACGAUGCCUGAACGAAAAGCGGUUGUGAAAAAUGCUGAUAUGGAUGAGAACAUGCAGCAGGAUGCGGUCGAUCUGUGCAAUCAGGCUAUGCUCAAAUUUACCAUGGAAAAAGAUAUUGCGGCAUUUAUUAAAAAAGAAUUCGACAAGCGGUACAAUCCGACUUGGCAUUGCAUUGUUGGUCGAGCUUUUGGAAGCUAUGUGACUCACGAAACACGGCACUUCAUUUACUUCUAUCUCGGAUCUAACGCUGUGCUCCUGUUCAAAUCUGGGUAAACUGAAUAAACCCUCUUCAAUCAGCC